GCCUUACCACUCAAACGAGCCCACUAUCAAUUGAGUAUACUGACGCGACAAGUAGGCCUUUCAAACGGCUCAGUCGGAAGAUAUUGGACUACUUUAGGAGAAAAACAAUUAGCGGGGACUUGUCUUCAAAGAAAAGCCCUCAAAAUGAACAAUAUUGCACUGGAGGGGGAUGACCACAGUUUGGAAGUGUCCUCAAAGGGUAAAAUCACUGUUAAUAAUGAUGAAGACAAGUCGAGGGAGGGGGUCUUGCCGAGUGGCCUCAGAAAACCCCGCAGUUACAGGCCAAAAUCUAAAGAUCAUAAAAGGCUUAACCCUCACAAAUUAGUUUUGCAAUAUAUUGUGCCAUGUAUGAAUUCAUAUGGUCUGUGCAUUCUGGACAAUUUUCUCGGAAACAAAAUUGGAGAGCGCGUUCUACAAGAAGUCCGACACAUUCACCAAGGUGGAAAGAUGCAAGAAGGGGAACUUGCAGGUGGAAACUUUGGCAAAAAUAAAUCCAUUCGAGGUGAUAAAAUUGCGUGGGUGGAAGGGACUGAAACAGGUUGUGAAAACCUUGGCGUUCUAUUGACAAGGAUGGAUAAACUCAUCACCUAUGCCGACGGUAAACUGGGAAGCUACAAAAUUAAAGGGAGGCAUAAGGCGAUGGUGGCGUGUUAUCCAGGAAAAGGAACAGGAUAUGUGAAACAUGUGGACAAUCCCAAUGCUGACGGUCGCUGCAUCACCUGUAUCUACUACCUCAACAAAAACUGGAACCCCCAGGAGCAUGGAGGAAUUCUUCGCAUUUUUCCCGAAGGCAAAUCCUACGUUGCAGAUGUUGAGCCCCUGUUUGACAGACUGCUGUUCUUUUGGUCAGAUAGAAGGAAUCCGCAUGAGGUGCAGCCUUCAUAUGCAACAAGAUAUGCUAUAACCGUGUGGUAUUUCGAUUCAGAAGAAAGGGCGGAGGCAAAGAGACGGUUUAGAGACUUAACAGCCUCCACCCAAGACCCGGACGGAAGCAGUACUCCCUGAACUUUGACCUUAUAAGAGACUCCAUCCUGUGUGACACAAUACAACACUGGAUCCCGAAUAAUUUGUGCUGACAGAGUUGUCAUGCUUUGGUCUAAUCACUGUUUGGACUGUGCUGUGGUACCUCUUCUAAACGCUACAAAGAUGUUGAAAGCUACAAAGAUGUGUGGUUGUGGUAGAUGAUAAAUGAUAAGAAGAGACGUUAAUGGCUUUGUGCAUAUAUUUAGAAAUAAAAUUAUUUUCUGCUCUUUCAA